GCUGUCCGGAGGGUAAAAAAGUGGAAUUCAUUACCAGCCUUUUAGACGCCCUCACCACAGACAUGGUCCAGGCCAUAAACUCACCAACCCCCUCUGGUGGCGGGAGGUUGACGGAGCCGGACCCCAGCCACACUCUAGAAGAGAGGGUGGUCCACUGGUACUUUACCCAGCUGGACAACAACAGCAGCCAUGACAUCAACAAGAAGGAGCUGAAGCCUUUCAAGAGAUACGUCAAGAAGAAAGCCAAGCCCAAGAAAUGUGCCAGGAAGUUCACUGACUACUGUGACCUGAACAAGGACAAAGCCAUCUCACUUCUGGAGCUGAAGGGCUGUCUUGGGGUCAGCAAGGAGGGUAGUUCUGUGAGCAGCAUCAACCAAGGGACAAGGCAAGGGAUUAAUUUGUUCAGUAAGACCCACUAAUAUGCUUU